AGAUGUUUUGUUCAUGAGAAUGCAGUAUGGAUGAAAAUUGUCUUGAGUCAGAAUCAGCACCUGGACCAGGCAUCAUUCUGGCAGAUACGGAUGAUGAAUCUCCAAUUAUUUCCCGCUCAACAUGUCCAUUUUAUUCGCCAUGCUCAAAAAGCCAAAUUUUGUCAUCUUCAGUGCAUGAUGAUAUCACAGCCACAUCGUAUGGCCAAGCAACCUGGAGAGUUGUUAUUUAUCAUGUCUUUGGCAUGUUGUCAGCUGGAAUUUUGUAUCUCUUAACUUAUUGGAGACCAGACUGGGAGGUGCGGUUUUGCUGCAACAAAGUUGAACUGAGCAAAGCAACUCAUCUUUUACUUGAUUGUGGUGAUGACCCUGUGAGUGUUUGCAAAAUAAAAAGAGAGAAAGUGUCCAAUCACUUUCCUAGAAAAUACAGAGUUGGGGCAGGAGCUGCAGUUCUGAACUCAAUCUCUCCAAGCGACAAUGAUAGCAUUUAUCACUCAGAAGACAGCAAUGUAGAUGAUGAGUGUCAACUGCUCCAAAAUGAAAGGAGAUCACAGGAAACUGGUUUCUUUUAUCAUCACUUCAGCCACCAAAAUGUCAAAUAUGUCUGGUGUCCUGGAGAAGGCCAGUUUGUUGAAUUGAGUGCCCUUGACAGGAACACAACUGUGGCUCAACUUGCCAGUGAAUAUCAUGGAGAUGCCAAAGAUGUUAGACUUGCCAGAUAUCAACUUUAUGGGCCAAAUGAAAUCAAAGUUGAAGUGCGGUCUUAUCUAUUGCUUCUAUUCACUGAAGUUCUCAAUCCAUUCUACAUAUUCCAGGUGGCAUCCAUUGCUCUGUGGAGUUGGGAUGAAUAUUACCUGUAUGCUGGCUGUAUAUUCUUCAUCUCGUGUAUUUCCGUGGGCGUCUCACUUAGAGAGACCAGGCAGCAAAGUGAGCGGCUGCAUGCCAUGGUGAAGACAAACCAGGACGCCACCAUCGAUGUUCUACUUCAAGAUGACUCGGGCAAGACUGAGCCAGGUGUGUUUAUGUUUAAAUUGCCCUGCGACUGCGUCCUGCUCACUGGCACUGCCAUCGUCAAUGAGAGCAUCUUGACGGGCGAGAGCGUACCAGUAGCGAAGGUUCCGCUGGCUGUGGGCAGCGAUGAAAAGGAACUCUAUGACCCCGAGAAGCACAAGCGAAACACGCUCUUCUGUGGCACGUCUGUUGUUCAGACGCGAUACUACAACAACACGCCCGUUCGCGCUGUGGUGGUGCGCACGGGGUUCAGCACCACCAAGGGGCAGCUGGUGCGGUCCAUCAUGUUCCCCAAGCCUGUGCUGUUCCAGUUCUACCAGGACUCCAUGAAGUUCAUCGGCGUGCUCUUCUGCAUCGCACUCGCCGGCAUGGCAUACACUUGUUAUUUGUACUUCAUUAGAGGGCUGGGCUGGACGGCCAUGGCAGUGCGGUCUCUGGACCUGGUCACGAUCGUAGUGCCGCCCGCCCUGCCUGCUGCCAUGACAGUCGGCACUUACUACGCGCAGCAGCGGCUGCACCGCAGCAAUAUUUUCUGCAUCAGUCCUCCUCGCAUCAACGUCGCUGGCAAACUCAAGCUCGUCGUAUUCGAUAAGACUGGCACCUUGACUGAAGAUAGUUUGGAAAUACACGGAGUAGUGGGCGCUGAUUCCACCAAACCUGACGCAAUAAAAGCUACCGAACCAGAAGCCGAGAUUGAUCCAGAGACUGGAGAUAAUACGAAGAAAUGUUUUCUGUGGCCCAACGUUCGUCCCGUUCUGAGCUUGUCACAUGACUCGAGGUUCAUGAUGGCGCUCGCUACGUGCCACGACCUCACUUAUGUCUUCGGCAAACUCAUCGGUGAUCCCAUGGACAUCAAAAUGUUUAAAGCCACCAACUGGGUCUUAGAUGAGCCUGCUGAGGGAGGCUAUAACAGCCUCGUGCUGACAGUCGUUCGACCUCCUGACAAUGCCAGGGACAACAUUUCUGUGCCGCUACCAUUCCUGCAAGAGCCAACGUCUUCUGAAAUAUUAAUUCCAAGAGAAAGUUCUUCCAAUCCUGAAGCGCCAACCAAUAAACUACUGAAACCCGCUCAUCGAAGUGACAAAUCUCUGUUGCCGAGUACUGAAUCUGCACUCACUGCCAAUGGAAAUAACGAAUCUCCAGGCGAUGUUCAAAUACCGGACACAACACAAAUCAAAACACCGUCGCUAUUGGCACAUGGACAAAACCGGACUACCGAAAAAGACGAUAGUUGUGCACCUGAAGGGGACGUUUCUGUGCUGCGUGGUGCUCAUGAAAGUCCAGGAAGCUCGUCAGCUAACAACACAGAGUUCCUCGUGGCUCCUGCCAAGAGUCUCUACGAGUCCCACGUAUUGCAGGACUCGGCGAGUGAUCAGUCAAGCUUAUCCAGUGACGAUGACUUGCCGUCUUGUGCUGUCCCCUCUGGUCCCAUGUCGGAGCAAAUGCCGCUGGAGGUGGGGGUUGUGCGGGUGCUUGCGUUCAGCAGCGAGGUGCAGCGUAUGAGUGUUGUGGUGCGCAGACUUGGCGCUCCUGCCAUGGAACUCUUCGCUAAAGGCGCGCCUGAAGUCAUCGCACGUCUCGCCAACCCUAGUACAGUCCCCGAGAACCUGGCGAGCGUGCUGGAGAGCUACACCGUGCGGGGCUACAGAGUGAUCGCCGUCGCUCACAGAGCUCUCCCGCAGAGACUUACCUGGAAAGCUGCUCAGAAAGCCCCUCGAGAGAAGCUGGAGCGCGACCUGACGUUCCUAGGGCUGCUGGUGCUGCAGAACCCCCUCAAGCCCGCCACCACCGCCGCCGUCUCCGAGCUCGUCAACGCUGACAUCCGUCCUGUCAUGGCCACCGGAGACAACGUAUUGACGGGCGUGAGCGUGGCGAGGGAGUGCGGCAUGCUGCCGCCCCACGACCCCGUCCUGCUGCUCUCCGUGACGCCUCCCUGUGGCGGCGACCAGCCCCGUCCUGCCUUGCUCACGGCCACACUCCAGCAGCAGAACAACCCCGACAACCUCGCUGUGACCAUCACGCCUGGCGAAGACUCCGUGGAGCUGCUGCAGCGCUACCACAUCGCCAUCAGCGGCAGCAACUGGAAGCUCUUGUGCCAACACUUCCCUCAAUAUGUGGACGCUGUUUGUGUGCGCGGUGCGGUGUUCGGCAGGAUGUCGCCCGACCAGAAGACGCAGCUCGUGGAGACGCUCAUGGGCCUUAACUACGUGGUCUGCAUGUGUGGGGACGGUGCCAACGACUGCGGGGCGCUGAAGGCGGCGCACGUGGGCAUCUCGCUGUCGGAGGCCGAGGCGAGCGUCGCGGCGCCCUUCACUUCGAACGUCGCCGACGUGUCGUGCGUGCCGCGUCUUAUCAAGGAGGGCAGAGCCGCCCUCGUCACCAGCUUCGGCGUCUUCAAGUUCAUGGCGCUCUACAGCAUCAUACAGUUCGUGACUGUGCUCAUGCUGUACACGUUCCACACAAACUUGAGCGACCCUCAAUUUUUGUACAUCGACCUGGGCAUCGUAACGUCCAUGGCGCUGUUCAUGGGCUACUCUGCUGCAUCUCAUUCGCUGGUGAGGGAGCGUCCAAGCAGUAGCCUGCUAAGUCCCCUGAACCUCUUCACUGUGCUGCUGCAGGUGCUGGCCGUCAUUGGUGGCCAAGUGGCUCCCUAUUACUACCUUGCUUCUCAACCUUGGUUUAUUGCGAACACAAACGAAGCUGGCGGAGACGCCGGAGGAGCAGGAGACGUGAGCUGGGAGGCGACAGUUCUGUUCCUGAUGUCUGGUGUACAGUACAUCGCCCUCGCCAUCGUCUACGCUCCUGCCAUGCCUUACGCUCGUCCCAUCUACUAUAACGGAUGGUUGAUGCUGUCGUUGGUUGUGUUCGGAGCGUUGUCGCUGGUGAUGCUGCUGUACCCCGGCCCCUGGUGCUCCGUGCUCCUCAUGGCCAGUGAGAUGACCAGCUCCGAACCGCGCGUCUUCUGGAUCUUCCGGGGCACCCUCAUCAUGUUGGCUGUGAUGCACAUGCUCAUAGCUUGGCUUAUUGACGACACAGUGGGAAGCAGCGCUCUCCUUAAACGACUUUUCCAGCGCAUACGAGGGAAGAAACAAGCCAAGCAUCGCUACAAACGCGUCCUCGCCGCCCUCCAACACGACCUUCGCUUCCCACCUUUGCAGCGACCCAUCUCGUCUUCAGAUAUUUGAACUUACCAAUAUCUGAUGAAACCAUCAUGUUCUUGAGUUCGAACUCAAUACUUCCACCUCCGAACUUGAAACAGUCGAAGAUCUAAGGAAACUAUAAUGUUUUUGAGUUCGAUAUGAAACGCCAUGUUAUGAGUUCGAAUUCUGUGCAAACUUUGCGGUAUUGACAAUGUGUCUUUCUUACAGCGACGGAAGACUGAUUCCUUUCUGUCAUCGGGAGCCUCGAGUCAGGCUUUAUUUAUGGAUGACAUUUCAGUUAUUACUGGAACUCAUUACCAUUUUAUAACUAGCUAAGCAAUUUAUGAACGACGAGACUAGCGCUAUAUAUCUUGCAUGGCUUCAAAUAUAACCCCGCUUGAUUUUAUAGCAACGCUCAACACGACUGAAGUUGUUCCAACCGAUGAGAAAUCACACGAGUAUAUCAACGGUUUCUAGAAACAUCAUUCAUUAAGUUGAUUAUUGCUCUCAUGCAGCAUGAAUUGAUCUGUCUAAAAAAUAUAUUUUCUUCUUAACGGUACAAAAACGAUCUCAGGCAGGUUAUGAUAAACCGAGGUUAGAGGAAUUCUCGGGAUCAAGAAAGUCCACUUGCAUUGAAUCUGUCGUUUUAUGAACAAAUGACUGAUGUAUAUUCCUUCAACGUUUAGUCGUCGAUUUGAUAUCUCGUCAACUCAUCCAUUCCUCAUCAUUCCGCGUAGUUUUUUGUUCUAUUAUCUUCUUAGUAUCUUUAAUUGUUGAACAAACGAGCAAUAGCAACGAACAUGAAGUUCUACUUGUCGUUUGAAUGCAUUUUCAAGAAGUUAAUUUUGACCUUUCGGCUAAUUUUUCCUACUUUAGGAGCAGGAAGUUUUUCAACAGAGCUUGGAAGCUGUAGAAGGAAAAUGUCAGCCUUAGGGAGAUUUUUUGGAAAUGAAAAGACUUGCCAUGUAAUCUGUGAACAAAUGGAAAGCUUGUCCCAGAUGGUAAUGCACCUCUUCCUCUCAUGAUAUCGCUGCAGCUAAAUGAUGCAUUCAAUCAAUGGAAUGAUAAUGCGUGUCGUGAUACCAUCGCUGCAGCUGAAGUAUUUAGUGAAUGAAAUGAUUAUAGUUUCGAGAUUCUGUUGCCCACUAAGUCUUAAACUUCGCCAAUGUGUAUAAAUCGUCUCUCUGUUCACUUGAGUUCUUUUUAUUAUUAGCCUUUUUAGCGUCAAACAUCAGCCAAGUAUUUUAUAAGUUAAUUUAAUGGACGAUGUAAAUCUGUUAAUCUUGUUCACUCCGAGACACACAUGUAUUUCAUUGCUCUCUAGCUUUUCGAUGAUUUGUUCAAGAAUUACCAUUGGUUAAAAAAUGUCAAUUUGGCGAUUGCUUUAAUUAUGUUCAGACGUGUUUAUGUUUUGACAGUUUUCAUUGUUGGGCACUUUUUCCUUGUGGUGUGUUGUUCCUGUAAUUUUCUUUAGUUUAGGUUGCUUAGUCAAGUUUAAUCAGUUUAUCUAAUAAUGUUUUAGUUUAGUUUGGCCUAGGAAUUCAUUUGGCCGUGCAAGAGAUCUUUUAUCGAGCUUCUCGUCAUCAUCGCUUCCGUACAAAGAUAUUGCGUGCAUUUUAACCUGCAGGGCUGUGAUGGUGUUUGUCUCAUUGUUGGUGCUGACUAGUGGAGAUUGCUUCAUUGCUGUUGGCACUUGCGAUGAAUCAUCAGUUUAGUCCUUAAGUUUUAGAUUUUACCUUUACAGAAAAUGGAAGUUUCGUCGUAUCAAGUUUUAGCCGGACUUAAGCUGGUGUUUAAUGUGGCUUUUUUCGGGUGCGAUGCUUGGCUGGCUCAGGCAUGAUAAUGUUGCAGUUUUAGAGUGCAUUUGUUUGAACAUAUUUGUGACAUUAGUGACUUCUGGCCUUGAUUAUACGUAUUAAUGAAUUAUUUGUAACGACGUUAUUGUCUUCGUGUGAUGCUUCUUCCAUAAUAGUGCUACUAGUUUUGGGUUAAAAUCUAUAAUCAUUGGUCAAUGAUGCAUGUGCGAGUCAGUGGUGUCUGUGAUAUGUCUUCCAUUCCUUGACUAUUCGCGUCAGUAUUGUCAUAUAUAGUACUUUAUAUUUAUUAAUUGUUAGAAUUCAUAUUAGUUAAGACGUAACCUAAGCGUUAAGACAGUAGUUUCUUCUCGGAGUCUCCACGGCAACUUAUCAACAGUGCGGCUCUUUUUAUCUUAUACACAUAAGUUUAAUGCUGUUCACAUUUUUAAAUCUCAUUGGUAUCCGUCUGACUACGUUCAUGUUCCCCGUUAUUUGUUUAUGGUCUGUGUAAUAGCUUUUGUUGCUGUUCAUCUGAGUAUGCAACGCUCGCUUUUAUUUGCUGCUCGCUAUCACGCGGGAAGUUUUGUCGAUUGCACGUAUAAUUUUCUUAGUAUUGUUUCCAUAGAAACAUUCAACUUUCAUGGUAGUGGUUUUCAUUUUAGUUCCACCGAAUAUCAAACUAUUUUUGUUUCGUAUAUGACAAACUUUUUUCGUGUGUUGAUUCAUAUUCAAUGAAAAUUCUAUUUUACUUGAAUUUCUGCCUAUGUGUUAACCCCGAUGUAGUUGUGGCCCGUCCCUUUGGUGUCGUAACUCGAAAAUGUAGAGCGGAAUUUCAGUUCACAAAUUCCCCUGUACAAUGAAGCAGAUCAAAGAACAAUUAUCUUCAUAAUGUGUUGCUUUCUCCCGGCAUUCAAGUUCUAAGUCAUUGCCAAAUGAAGGAUGAUAAAAGUUGCCUGAAAUUUCAGAUGGUGUUUUAAAUUAAAAUAAAAUUAAUUUAAAUCUCUGUUCAAUAUUAAUUAUAAAAUAUUAGAGAUUCGCCUUUGAUAUGAAUGGAGUUAUUAUGAAAAAUGUUAUGAAUUUCUUCUGUCUGUAAAUGGAGAGAAUUCAACGCGCCAAGACGGUCUUCCUUAAGUUGUAUUGAUAUAAGAAAGUGCCUUUGCUUACUUUUCAUACUCUGAUGAUACUGGGAUCUUGCGCUUCAUAAGCACUGCGAAUCUCUGCGUGUAUUUGUCUUGUGUUCGUCCUAGUCAUCUACCUCGGAAGUAUAUAUACUCGGACAAUAAA